UCCUUAUUAGAUGGUCAUUUUACUUCCACUUUUGGUACGACACUCUUUCUUCCCAUGAUGUGUCAAUGGCUCUAUGUAUCCUAUCAUUUGUGACACAGUGCCUUCUAUAACACUGGAUAUUUACAAUCGGUAAUUAACGUAACGUGUAGCUAAAUCACUAAUGUUAAAAGUUUAUCUUUUAAAAAUGACUAAAUUCAUAAAAUAAUCUCUAGGUGUUUUUGACAAUCUGGUCCUAAGCGAUCUUUUUCUUUUUCACAGGGAAAUGGGGGAAAAUCAGACAAUGGUCACAGAGUUCCUCCUAUUUGGAUUUCUCCUGGGCCCAAGGAUUCAGAUGCUCCUCUUUGGUCUCUUCUCCCUGUUCUGUGUCUUCACCCUGCUGGGGAACGGGGCCAUCCUGGGGCUCAUCUCACUGGACUCCAGACUCCACACCCCCAUGUACUUCUUCCUCUCACACCUGGCUGUCGUCGACAUCACUUAUGCUUGCAACAUGGUGCCCCAGAUGCUGGUGAACCUGCUGCAUCCAGCCAAGCCCAUCUCCUUUGCUGGCUGCAUGACGCAGACCUUUCUCUGUUUGACUUUUGGACACAGCGAAUGUCUCCUGCUGGUGGUGAUGUCUUACCAUCGUUAUGUGGCCAUCUGCCACCCUCUCCGAUAUUCCAUCAUCAUGACCUGGAGAGUCUGCAUCACCCUGGCCAUCACUUCUUGGACACGUGGCUCCCUCCUGGCUCUGGUCCAUGUGGUUCUCAUCCUAAGACUGCCCUUCUGUGGGCCUUAUGAAAUCAACCACUUCUUCUGUGAAAUCCUGUCUGUCCUCAGGCUGGCCUGUGCCGACACGUGGCUCAAUCAGGUGGUCAUCUUUGCAGCCUGUGUGUUCUUCCUGGUGGGGCCGCUCUGCCUGGUGCUGGUCUCCUACUCACGCAUCCUGACGGCCAUCCUGAGGAUCCAGUCUGGGGAGGGCCGCAGAAAGGCCUUCUCCACCUGCUCCUUCCACCUCUGUGUGGUGGGGCUCUUCUUUGGCAGCGCCAUCAUCAUGUACAUGGCCCCCAAGUCCCGCCACCCUGAGGAGCUGCAGAAGGUACUUUUCCUAUUUUACAGUUUUUUCAACCCAACACUGAAUCCCCUGAUUUACAGCCUGAGGAACGCAGAGGUCAAGGGUGCCCUGAGGAGAGCAUUGUGCAAGGAAAGUCAUUCCCAACUGGUGUGA